AUGAACUCGGGCAGUGCGACAACGACGACGGCGACAACAACGACGACAGCGACAGUGACAACGGCAGCGAUGCCAGUAAGGGAGCCGUCACGUAGACUCGGCGUGAUGGACAGCGAGCUUCGAACGUGGGACUUGUACGACCUGUCCGGAGCGGUGAAUCCGGACACACCGGAAGCGAUGAAGACCUACUUCCGCCGCUUCCGUGGGCUACGGCAGAAGAGUAUCGAGGGUGUCGAAUACGGCGCGCUUCAGGAGUCGUGGUGUGCCUUCGUCCGGCGCUGGAACCGGAUGACUCAAACUGGAGAAGACUUCGUCGCUUGGCUCGAAAGUCGCGAGGGCACCAUCUCUGAGCACUCACUCAGCGAGCUGCGCCGCCGAAUCUACGAUCACACAUUCCACGACGUGAGCCGCAUGUGCUACGUUCACGUUGCGGAGGGCUGCGAAACUUGCAAUGGGCCCCGGCCCACUGAAGAAGACUGGCGUGCGCACGUCGCCGAGCGACCACUCGGCGAGGACGAAAAUAUCUUGAUCCAGCACUACAGGCGUUCACUCUCCGAGUUGGCUCGUUCGGUUAACAUCGCGGGCUCGCGCCGGUGGCGUUUCCAGCGGAGCAACUCUCCGCCAACGCGUCGAGGUAUCUCUGAUGGCCACGCGCGCUCUCGGUCGCGCUCACGUGGCCGUUCGCGACGGGAAGCUGGUUCGCUGAGAAGCGAGCUUGGAUCUCGGUCACAUUCACGUUCACGCGAUCGCUCGCGUCGCCGAACUUGUUCUCCAGCGCGUGGGCGACGAUCUCGUUCGCGCUCGCGUACGUAUCGGACUGGUUAUUGGCCACGGCAAUCUUCGUCUCAUACUCCUGAACCACAUCCGGAACGUCCCGGAGGAGAUUGGCGCGGAGCUCCCACGUAUCGUCCUUCGGGGAGAAGCCAAGCCAGCGGACUCUAUAACGGCGAGUGGUCGGAAUCGUCCGGCCGGCACGCCCGCGAGUCAAUGCUCGUGGGGAUCUUCAAUGUGUGA